ACAUCCAAUUAUGAUUGGCCGGGACUUUGGCGGACAAGCGAGGCAGAAUUCCAUCCCCGCGUACGUCACUCUAUUUACUUUUGGAUCCGUAAACCUAUCGGAAAACACAUACAAGAAGCAGCAUUCAGCCUACGAUAACCGUCACAGACGGAAGACAUUAUUCCACAAUGGCCGUGCCGAGGACAUCCCUUCGUGGCUUUCUCACGUACGCCAAAGGCGCAUUACGCAAAGCAAUCGACUCAGACCAGAAAGUCACAUUUGUGAUUGGCAAUGAAUCAGCCGGUAGGUGCAUGUAAAACAGCGCAGGAUUGCGUCCCUAAUCUCCCAGGACCCCAAUGCUGACUGGGAGGCAAAAACGGCCUAUAGAUCUCGAUUCCAUGUCAUGCUCGGUUCUAUACGCAUACCUUCGUUCGCUGUCUCCGCCGCGCAAUGCAUUCAGCCCAGUGUAUGUGCCAAUCGCCAAUAUCCCCAGCUCAGACAUCCAACUGCGGCCGGAAUACCUGGCCGUAUUCAGGCAUGCAGACAUCGAGGCCAAGCAUCUGAUAACGCUCACUGAUUUGCCGGAUCUGGCCGUCAUCGAAUCCAAACUGCGUCCGGAGAACACAAGGUGGAUUCUUGUGGACCACAACGCGCUGCAAGGCCAGCUAGGCAAUAUAUACUCUGGUCGCGUCGGGGGUGUGAUUGACCACCACGACGAGGAAGGCAAGGUGCCACACGACACAGGAGACGAGCCCCGCAUCGUCGAGAGGAGCGGAAGCUGCACCAGUCUAGUCACGGAAUACUGCCAGCAAGCCUGGGACCAGCUUUCCGAUUCAGCCCUCGCAGCAUCAUCAUCAUCCGGAGCCUCUCACUCGCAGGGCGAGAGCCUGCAAGGCGACGGUGAUGGUGCUGCUGUCACUGCACUAUGGGAUGCACAGGUGGCCCAAUUAGGACUCGCCAGUAUUCUAAUCGACACGAACAACCUCCAAUCCAAAGACAAGACGACGUCGCACGACAGCGCAGCGGUCGAGUACCUGGAAGCCAAGAUCCAGUCCUGUCCGACGCUUGCACCGCAAUACGAACGAGGCAAGUUCUACGGCGAGAUAGACACCGCGAAGAAGGACAUUGGGAGCCUGCAGUUGAGGGACAUACUCAGGAAAGACUACAAGGAAUGGGACAAGGAGGGCCUGAAGCUGGGAGUCAGUUCUGUGGUCAAGCCCAUUGGGUUCCUGGAGGGCAAGGCCCGGGAUGAGAAAGCAGACACGCAGUCUCUCGAUACGGCGUUUUACGAAGCACUGCGAGCGUUCCGAGACGAGCGCGAAUUAGACCUAUACACCGUGAUGACGACGUCUACCUCAUCCACCGGCGAGUUCCAGCGAGAGCUGUUGCUCUGGGCAUUCGGCGAGGAGGCUGUCGCGGCGGCGGAGAGGUUUGCUUCGGAUGCGAAGGAGGAGCUGGGGCUGGAAGAGUGGAGCAGGCCGGCGGAUGACAGCCAGAGAUCUGAGUUGUCAGCGCCGCUUUCGCCGCCGGCGGCGGUCCAGGAACGGAAUGAGUGGAGGAGGGUCUGGUGGCAGCGAAAUGUACAACACAGCAGGAAACGUGUUGCACCGCUGCUCAGGGAAGCCAUGGCGGCAUGACUAGGAUCCGUCCGAUCGUCUCCACGUUACACGUGCCAGGACAGGACGAGACGGACGCGCGCGGCAGGCGAGAAGUUGUAACGCUGGUCGUCGACGAACUGGGGGUCGUUGGCUUAAUCUAGAUGGGUGGGAAAAAAGCGUGAUGUUUCCGUAUUUGGAACGAAACCGGGCUUGGGCUCUCGACGUCGCUCCGUCGGAUCCUUUUUGUCCCCAACAGUUGUGGUAUCCAGUGGAUACUUUGUU